CAUAAACAACUCACAUGCUCCAGGAUUGAUGAGCAAGUAUUUGACAUUUUCAGCAGUGAAGGUGCUUCUGCUCAGAUUUGUCCCCUCCAGAACAAGAUGGAACAAUGUCCAGAUUCAGCUGAACAUGAUCAAUAAGCCUUGGUGUAAUCAGCUGCAGAAACGCAGAAGAGAACCGAGCCAAGUGCUUCACCCUAUCAACUUUGAUGAAGAACAACAGUAAUUGUUUCUGCAAUGGUUACAUGAGCUGUGGUGACAUCCUGGUGAAAGUUGUUCAUUUUCUAUCCACUGUUGAAUCAUAGAAGGGAACGAAAAAAAAACUGUAAAAGGUGAUAAAACAAAACAUGAAUUUUUUCAUAAAGUUUCGGAGGCAUUUGCGAAGGAUGGUAAUCUUACUGGCCGCCUUUUGCAUGGUGAGUGUUAUUAUAUCAGCUUAUUACUUGUAUACUGGCUACAAACAAGAGCUGGAACUUUCUAAGCCAACUCCAGAACAAGAUUGCGGAGAUCUCAAACUCCUACCAUACAGACUAUUUGAAAUGAAAACUGCAAAGCCCAUUGACACAUCUAGAGCAGACCCUAUGGCUCUGGUGUUUGUUGAGAGUCAAUAUUCACAGCUUGGGCAAGAGAUUGUGGCGAUUUUAGAGUCGAGCCAUUUUCAGCACCAUACUGAAAUUGCCCCUGGCAAAGGGGACAUUCCUGCCCUUACAAACAAGGACCGGGGCAGAUAUGCACUUAUUAUAUAUGAAAACAUUUUGAAAUAUGUGAAUAUGGACUCCUGGAAUAGAGAGCUGCUGGAUAAAUAUUGUAUGGAGUACAAUGUUGGCAUUAUAGCAUUCCACAAAGCUAAUGAAAAUAGUUUAUUGAGCUCACAGUUGAAGGGCUUUCCCUUGAAUCUACACACCAACCUUGCCCUUAAGGAUUGCUGUAUAAACCCACGGUCUCCUUUACUGCACAUCACUAAAGCUAAAGAAGUUGAGAGAGGCCCUUUACCAGGAGAGGACUGGACUGUGUUCCAGUCUAAUCACUCUACCUACGAGCCUGUGUUGCUGGCCAAACCAAGUUCCACUGAUAACAUUCCACAUCAGAUUGCUGAUGAAAUUCUGCACGCCACUGUGGUUCAGGAUCUGGGGCUACAUGAUGGCAUUCAGCGAAUUCUCUUCGGCAACAACCUGAAUUUCUGGCUGCACAAACUUAUUUUCGUGGAUGCAAUUGGUUUCCUUUCAGGGAAGAAAUUGUCACUGUCUUUGGAAAGGUACAUCCUGGUGGAUAUUGAUGACAUUUUUGUUGGGAAAGAAGGAACAAGGAUGAACGUGAAUGAUGUAAAGGCAUUACUUGAAACUCAAAACCUCUUGCGCACCCAAGUUCCCAACUUUACAUUCAACCUCGGAUAUUCUGGAAAAUUCUACCACACAGGAACAUUUGCAGAGGAUGAAGGAGAUGAUCUGCUGCUGAAGUAUGUGAAUGAAUUCUGGUGGUUUCCUCACAUGUGGAGUCACAUGCAACCUCAUCUCUUCCACAAUGAGUCAGUGCUGGCUGAGCAAAUGAUUCUCAAUAAGGAGUUUGCAUUAAAACAUGGCAUUCCCAUUGAUAUGGGCUACGCCGUGGCACCACAUCACUCUGGAGUCUAUCCAGUCCAUGUGCAACUUUAUGAGGCUUGGAAGAAGGUGUGGGGUAUCAAAGUGACCAGCACUGAAGAGUAUCCACACUUGAAACCAGCACGAUACAGACAUGGCUUCAUCCAUGGUGGCAUCAUGGUACUUCCACGACAAACCUGUGGCCUUUUCACCCAUACCAUAUUCUACAAGGAGUACCCUGGAGGCCCCAGAGAACUGGACAAGAGCAUCAGAGGAGGAGAACUUUUUCUCACUGUUCUUCUCAAUCCAAUCAGCAUCUUCAUGACACAUUUAUCCAAUUAUGGAAAUGAUAGACUGGGACUCUAUACAUUUGUGAACUUGGCUAAUUUUGUCCACUGUUGGACCAACCUGAAGCUACAAACCAUCCCCCCUGUACAGUUGGCGCACAAAUAUUUUGAACUCUUUCCAGAACAAAAGGACCCGCUCUGGCAGAAUCCAUGUGAUGAUAAACGACAUAAAGACAUCUGGUCUAAAGAGAAAACCUGUGAUCGUUUACCAAAAUUUCUGGUUAUUGGACCUCAAAAAACAGGCACGACAGCCUUGUACUUGUUCUUAAUUAUGCAUCCAGCCAUCACCAGUAAUUUCCCCAAUCCAAAGACCUUUGAAGAAGUGCAGUUCUUCAAUGGGAAUGCCUAUCACAAGGGAAUUGAUUGGUACAUGAACUUUUUCCCCAUCCCUUCCAACAUGACCACAGACUUUCUGUUUGAGAAAAGUGCAAACUACUUUCAUUCAGAGGAUGCUCCGAAGCGAGCUGCAGCCCUCUUGCCAAAGGUGAAGAUAAUCACCAUCCUCAUCAACCCUUCAGAUCGGGCCUACUCCUGGUACCAGCACCAGCGAGCACAUGAGGAUCCCGCUGCCCUUCGGUAUAGUUUUUAUGAGGUGAUCACAGCAGGUCGGCGAGCUGUUCCUGAGCUUCGGGCCCUCCAUAAUCGGUGUCUGGUGCCUGGCUGGUAUGCAGCACACAUCGAAAGGUGGCUAACAUACUACCCAACUCGACAGUUACACAUUAUAGAUGGGCACAAGCUGAGAACUGAUCCUGCUGCAGUAAUGGAUGGUGUGCAGAAAUUCCUUGGAGUUUCCCAAUACUACAAUUAUUCUCAGGCCCUCACGUUUGAUCCACAAAAGGGCUUUUGGUGCCAGUUGCUUGAAGGAGGAAAGACAAAGUGUCUGGGGAAAAGCAAAGGCAGAAGGUAUCCAGCCAUGGAUGUAGAGUCUAGAACAUUCUUGUCACGAUACUACAAGGACCACAAUAUUGAACUGUCCAAGCUGUUCUACAGACUGGGUCUGCCGUUGCCAUCUUGGUUAAGGGAAGAGCUCCAAAAAGUGAUGAGAUAGUUGUUGGAAAACUGGAAGCAAAUCGCUUUUGUCCUCUUAUCAGCCCCAACACACAGCACCCCCCAUUAAGCCCACUCCUAAGCUAGGAGUGACUGCCAAAAAAAAAACAACUUUCUACUAUACCUCUACAAACAGAAAGUAUUCUUUAAUCUUUCCAUGUGCUGGCAUGUGGUAUUGUGAAGCUGACAGCAGUCGAGAAAGUGUGGGUCAGCAGCCUAUGGCUGAAUUAUAUAUGUUUAACUGGUGAUAUUUUGUGAGGAUUCAGUCUGUGUCCCCCCCACCCCUUACAUCUCCUCCUUUCUGAGGAUUGAAUGAUGUAUUGUAAAGAUAGAAAAAU